UCCCAGACACUGAGUCUGGAAUGAAAAUUCACCUGCCUCUGAGUUGGCCCCUGGUGGGGGCUGGGGUGUUACUUGGGUUCCCAGGUUGGAAGAUUAUCUCACCCAGUCCGAGCUAUAUAAGCUGACCGGUCUGGAGCUCAGCAGGGCCAACUCAAGGGAGUCAUUCCACAGGAGGAAACAUACAGACAAACUUCGGGCCAACAUGAUGAUGCUGAAAGUAGAGGAGCUGGUCACUGGGAAGAAGAAUGGCAGUGGAGACACCGGGGAGUUCCUUCCUAAGGAUUUCACAGAUGGAGAGUAUGAGGCUGCUGUUACUUUGGAGAAGCAAGAGGACCUGAAAACUUCAGCCCACUCCAUGAUCCUUGCGGAGCAACAGUGGAGAAUUGAGAAACAACGAGAGGCAGAGCUCAAGAAGAAAAAACUAGAACAAAGAUCAAAGCUUGAAAAUUUAGAAGACCUUGAAACUAUCAUUCAACUGAAGAAGAAGAAAAAAUACAGGAGUAAAGUUCCAGUUGUGAAGGAACCUGAACCCGAAUCAUUGUAAGCGCUAUUCGGUUUUGUAACAGAACCUGUGGAUGUGCCUCGGUUUCUGAAGGCUGCCCUGGAUAAUAAACUGCCAGUAAUAGAAAAAUUCUUGUCAGACAAGAACAAUCCAGAUGUCUGUGAUGAGUAUAAACGGACAGCUCUUCAUAGAGCAUGCCUGGAAGGGCAUUUGGCAAUUGUGGAGAAGUUAAUGGAAGCUGGAGCCCAGAUUGAAUGCCGUGAUAUGCUUGAAUCCACAGCCAUCCACUGGGAGCGUGGAGGAAACCUGGAUGUCUUAAAAUUGUUGCUGAAUAAAGGAGCAAAAAUCAGUGCCCGGGAUAAGUUACUCAGCACAGCGCUGCACGUGGCAGUGAGGACUGGUCACUACGAGUGCGCGGAGCAUCUCAUCGCCUGCGAGGCGGACCUCAACGCCAAGGACAGAGAAGGAGAUACCCCCCUGCAUGAUGCUGUGCGACUGAAUCGUUACAAGAUGAUCAGACUCCUGAUCACGUACGGCGCCGAUCUCAAUGUCAAGAACUGUGCUGGGAAGACACCGAUGGAUCUGGUGUCCUGGCAGAAUGGAACCAAAGCAAUCUUUGACAGCCUCAGAGAGAACUCCUACAAAGCCUCUCGCAUAGCUGCAUUCUGAGAGAAACGACCACGGCCUCUUUCAUCAGCUGUGCUUCCCUGGCAUUUGGAAGGCACAGCCCCGAAGAGCAACUAGUGGGUAAAACCCAACCUCUUUUAUCAACCUGUUGUCAAGCGGCACCUCAUGAAGUUUGGAGAAAGCACGAGGAUCUAGGUAUUGAAAUUUCCCUUAGUGAAACUCACUCUAUUUAUUUGUAUUUAUUCUUGUUGUAUUUAUUUAUUUAUUUUUAAGUGUACUUCGAUACCGCUGAUACUCAGACCCUUUAUGGCCAUCCAUCUGGCGAGCAAAGCUGAUUCACAUAUAACUCUUCAGAGCCUUCCUGUAGAUAGCUCUUAAACCAUGGUGGUGAGCAGUGUUCUCAGCACCUACGUAUGGGUUACCUCACUCAGGUGGGCCAUUGCAAGGGUGUUUUUAGAAAGCAAAGGUGAUUAUUGCAGCCCCUCUUUUUAUUCUGAAGUCUGAGGCAAUGGAAGGCAUGUAAUAACAGAAAAGGAAAACAGUAGAAUGAAAGAGAGCCUGUGAGGACAGGACAG